AUGCGUUCCGAUGAACCUGUGCCGGGUUUCAGCUCGGCUUCCCCAUGGCCCACAUUGGAUUUGGAAUGGGGCCGUAAAUUAUAUCCCACAGCGGCACCACGCACCGCCAGCGGUCUCAUGUUCGGUCUGCCACCAACGGCAGCCGAUUUAAAUCAGCCGCGUGGCCCCAUGACUUCGCUGAAGGAGGAACCGUUGGGCGCCAGGGCCUGGAUGCAACCUGUCGUCGAUCAGAGCAACCUUGGCAUUGGCCGCGCCCACUUCGAAAAACAGCCACCCAGCAAUCUGAGAAAAUCAAAUUUCUUUCAUUUUGUCAUUGCCUUGUAUGAUCGUGCCGGCCAACCCAUUGAAAUCGAACGUACCGCUUUUAUUGGAUUCAUCGAAAAGGAUUCCGAAUCGGAUACAACAAAAACAAAUAAUGGCAUACAAUAUCGUUUGCAGUUGUUGUAUGCGAAUG